AUGAGAGCCCUCGGUAUCGCGGUGAUCCUUGGCGCCGCCUACACUCGCAGUGCUUCGGUCAUGCAUACGGUCGAGUGGAACACAUCGGCGCUGAGCGGUCUCUGUGCCUACGAUCGUCUGCAGGUCCAGGCAUCCUGGUCCAUAGCGUCCGCGUACGAGCCCACGGAGACGGCCUUCAUCGGGCUCAUGCACGCGGCAACCGGUGAACUCAUCCGUGGCUCGGACGUCCAGCUGCAUGCUAAGCACACCAGCGAAAAUACCAAGAAGGGCAGUCCGCCUGGGCUUCGCUGCGAGGCCGACCCGGUCGUGUGCCAACCCGACGUGACGACGCUCGUUGUCCCAAACCGGCCUGACGGAGUGCUUCAAGUCGGCGACGAGCUCGAUCUCUCGUUCAGCGACGACACGAACGAGCCUUUCGUGGCAACCAAGGCCGAUCUCGAAGCGAUCUUGGACUUCCCAAAUGACUUUGGUCCCGCCGUCGCCGGGACCUGGGUCACGCCGCGGCUGCUACGCAUCGAGAUUCUGGUCGCACCGGUCGACGACGUCUGGAUUCGCGACAUUCAGCGCUCUCCCAGCGUCAAAGCCUUUCCGAUCGCGUACGACGCAAUGGAAGUCUGGGCGUAUAGCAGCGUACCCGUGACCUUUCGUGUCGGGGUCGCGGGCGACUACCGCUUUGUGCUGCGGCUCGGCGACCACCCGCUGCUCCAGCACGCGUCGAAUGUCGUUUCUGUCGACGACAAAGCGCCUUGCGAGACGGACAAGGUUCUGCACUCUCUCGUCCUCGACUCGGCGACGACGGUUCGCAAGUCGUCGUACGCCAUCCCUGGCAUCCUCGCGCUCGACGGCAACCACUCGGCGACGAUCCCGCACACGUCGAUUCCGACGUCGAGCACUGGCUCGUGGUCGAUACUGAUGUGGGUGUACUUGACCCAACGUGCCACCGACUCGCACCAAACGCUUCUGUACAAGGGCUCUGGCAGUGACGACCACCGGACGCCGUCCAUGUGGUUGAACCCGCACGACCAGACGCUCAUGCUCAGCGUGAGCUCGCGCGACGACAUGUUUGCAUCGAUCUCGAGCGCAUCCGCGCUGCCGAUUGGCCAAUGGGUGCUUCUCGGCGUCGCACUGGCCAACCGUAGUGCCGACAGCUUUGACGUGACGCUCACCAUCAACGGCCGCGUCGACGCACGUAUACACGCCAGCAACGCGACACUGCUCCCGAAUGCCGGCAACCUGUACGUCGGCGGAUGUCCGUGGGUCCGCGGCAUCCAAGGCUUUGUCAGUGAUGUCCGCCUCUAUGCCGAUGCCAUGCCCGAGACGGACGUCGGGCGACUCUUCUCGUCCGAGCAAGCGGUGUACUUUGGGCGCGGCCGUCCCGCGCAGCUCCGACAGCUCACCACAGACACGUUAGUGUCGUCGACGAUGACAGGCACCGAGCUCGUGGGAACCUCGACUGAUGCAUUCGACACGGAUGCCCUUCUCGACACGGCCACGUCGUAUCUCUUUGGUCAACGGUAUGACGGUGCAGAGUACAUUGCAGCUGCACAAGAUACAGAAACUGCCACCGAGUUGCUGCACUCAGCGUUGCAGCGCGGCGACUGGCGGGCCGCGCGGUUCUUGGGACUUGUUGCCUCGACGUCGCGCCCAGGUACCUCCUACGACGCCCUUUCUGCGUGCUAA